AUCUCAGUCGUUUCAAUGUGACCUGAGUCCGCCAUACCGUGUGUAAAGGACUGCACGAGCGCUCAAGUGCACUUACUAUCACACACAUAAAGCGAGUGGAUGAGGAUUGUGUGACACUGAACAAAAGUCACUUUCAGCAGCCAGCCGCCUCAGACAGGGACCGCGCAAGAGUCAUGGCAGAGGACAUUCAGCAGAAACUGGAGAAGUACCGCACGGCACCGUUCGAUGCCCGCUUCCCGAACCAGAACCAGACGAGAAACUGCUGGCAGAAUUACCUGGAUUAUUAUCGAUGCCAAAAAGCUCUGGAUGCCAAAGGUGUGGACACAGCCCCAUGUGACUGGUACAAGAGGGUCUACAAGUCUCUCUGCCCUCUCUCCUGGAUCGAGAAAUGGGACUCUCAGAGGGACGAUGGCACGUUCCCAGGGAAGAUCUGAAGAUCGCACAGUCUCCAAAACACUGCAUCAGGGGAACCGAAACGCAUCUGUCUGUGGUAUCGUCUCAGUCCAGCCGAGCAGGGCCUUAUCAAAGAUUGUUCAAAAACGCACCUGUGAGGCUGGAGGAUGAGACAGAUUGUUAAUGUCAUUCCUUAUUUAAAUGAAAGUGUUGCAGAUUCUGCAUUAAAUUCUCUCAGGCAUUGAAACAUGA